AGUGAGUCAGAGACAGAGAGGAGAGGAGAGGAUAAGCAUCUCUGAGAGUGAGAGAGCUUCGAAAGAGAGAGAGAGGGAGGAGGGGGAUAACCAUCUCUGAGAGAGAGAGAGAGCUUCAACAGGCGUUUAAAACAGUUGCCAGCAGACGAACAGAACAUCCAGACGUUCUGAAGCUUUUACCUUCUUCUGCCCUCGGCCUUAAAGAUCCUGAGGAGCCGUGUGAAGCUCUGCUCUUCAUGAACCCUGCUGCUGCUGAGCUGGAUCUGGAUCUCCUGCCCCUGUCGGUCCUUUGACUGCAUCAGGUGCACUUGAACUUUACGAACUGGAUCCAGACGAGCAACUGGUUCCAAACUUGUAGAACAAAACAAUUGUUGUUGGAAACUCUACUGGUACCAAGUUCUCUCUGGGUUCUGGGCUGGUACCAGCAGCUUUUUGGAUACUUACAGCACUGAAGACUAAAGUGGAAGCUCUUUCAGACCUUGUUGGGAAACUUUACUGGUGGUAAAACCUCCUCAUCUGAGCCACUCGACCAGUUUAAAUUUUUUCGGAUUCCGGAUCCCAGUGCUGGGUUGUGUUUUGAGCAGUAUGGUGGCGGGUCAGAGCCCCAUCUGCCUGCUGCUUCAGAGGAUUAGGUCAGGAUGUCCUGUAGAGUUCAGCAGAGGGAACAGUGACAUGGGGAAACAGGUGGAGGAGCCCAGCACCAAGCGCAGUAAGCCUGUCUCCAGGGGGACGUCUCUGGCCAACCUGCUGCCGCCCGUCAAGACGGCUCCGCUCAAGAGGAUCAGUGAGACGCUGCAGCGCUCCAUCAGCUUUCGUAAUGACAGUCGGACAGAGAGAGCUGCUCCUCCUCCUCCUCCUCCACCUCCUCCUCCCUCCUCCUCCUCCUCCUCCACGAUGAAGACGCGUGUCAUCUCGGCGUCGCUCUCCGUCCCCUCCUCCUCUGUCACUGCCACCCGGGGUCCCACGGCAGCAGCCCCAGCCGCCAAGCGCCGGGACAGCAAACUGUGGAGCGAGACGUUCGAUGUCCGACUGGGGGCCACACAACCGCUGAGCCCAAAGGAGAUCAAACGACAGGAGGCUAUAUUUGAGUUGGCUCAGGGCGAGCAAGACCUGGUGGAGGAUCUAAAAUUGGCAAAGAAGGCUUACCGUGACCCGAUGCUGAAGCUGUCCAUCAUGACCGAGCAGGAGCUGAACCAGAUCUUUGGCACCUUGGAUUCGCUGAUACCGCUGCACGAAGCUCUGCUCAGUUGCCUCAGAGAUGCCAGGAAACCCGACGGCUCCACAGAACACGUGGGACACAUCCUGACUGACUGGCUGCCCUGUCUGUCCUCCUACACCCCGUACUGCAGUAACCAGGUGAAGGCCAAGGCCUUGCUGGACCAGAAGAAGCAGGACCGGCGGGUGCAGGACUUCCUGCAGCGCUGCCUCCAGUCGCCCUUCAGUAGGAAGCUGGACCUGUGGAACUUCCUGGACAUUCCCCGCAGCCGGGUGAUGAAAUACCCACUGCUGCUGAGGGAGAUCCUGAAGCACACCCCCCACGACCACCCGGACCAGCAGCACCUGGAGGAGGCGAUGCUGAUGGUCCAGAGCGUGGUGGCCGACAUCAACAGGCGGACGGGGGAGUCGGAGUGUCAGUCCUUCAAAGACCGUCUGUUGUACGCGGAGGUCGGACAGAGGAGCGAGCUCAUCGACCGGUCCAGGACCCUCAGCUGCCACGGAGAACUGAAGAACAACAGAGGACUCAAGCUUCACGUCUUUCUGUUCCAGGACGUCCUGGUCAUCACCAGGUCCGUCUCGCUGAACGACCACCCGGUCAGCUACCAGCUCUGCCGCCAGCCAAUCCCCAUCCGGCAGCUGGACCUGGAGGACCUAUCGGACGGAGAAAUGAGAGUGGGCGGGUCCAUCAGAGGGGCCUUCAGCAACAACGAGCGCACAAAGAACUUCUUCCGGGUUUCAUACCGGGCCGGAGGUCAGCUUCAGAGCCACAGCUUCCAGGCCAGCGACGCCUUCAACAAGCAGCAGUGGAUCAACUGCAUCAGGCAGGCCAAGGAGGCUGCGGCGCUGACCGGAGACCAGCCACCACAGAUGGCACCGUGUCCGGAGAUGGGACUGGGGGGACAGAUUGGGUCACUUGGUGGGACAGCGCUGAGUUUGCGAGGGGAUUCAGGGAAUGAGGAAGAAAAGGGGAUGUGGGGGCAGGCGGGGCUGGGUUUGGAGGGUAAAGAGGAGGGGGCAGGUUUGUCUCAGGAAACAAUGACGGGUAAGGAGAUGGAGACGGGUUUGGCUGUGGACGGUGGGACAGGGUUCGAGUUAGAGGGAGAAACAGGGGUGAGGAGUGACCCGAGGCUGAGGACAGGUGAGACAGGGACAGGUGAGAUGGAGACAGGGCAGGGUCUCUGUGAUGAGCCGGGGGCCAGAGCAGACUGGAAGAUAGACGGAGGAAGAGGAGGAGAAGGAGCGACUGUCAGCGUUGAUGUUCCCACCUUCCUCCUCUCCCCUGCUCCUCCGACUGAAGAGGAGGAGGAUGUGAUGGUCGGGGAGCGGAGGGACCCUCAGGAGGAGGAGGAGGUCUGCAUGGAAAGCAGCGAGGUGGACUCCAUGGAGGAGCUGUCCCUCAGGUGCUGAUAGGAGGACCAGACAGAAGAAGGACGGGAACAGCAGCCAAUCAGACACAGGACUUGAUAAUGAGAUCAAAGACAACAAUCAAACAAAGUUGUUACGACGCGUUUACCACACGGAGCCUGCUGUAUCCUGACUGCUGGGAACCAUAGGAACCACUAACUCUGGACCACUGGGCCCAUGUUGGGAUGAUUUAAUGGGAAGCAGACGGUGCCCCAGUCAUCCCAGUGAAAGUUGUUCCUUAAGCACAUGCUGCAAAAACAUUGCUCAGGCUUCCUCAGGUUGUUCGCUGUAACUUCCCUCAGACUCCACACACACACACACACACACACACACACACACACACACACACACACACACACACACACACACACACACACACACACAACACGAAGAAUAAAAGACAUUUACUAGAGACUUGAAUGUUCAUUGGACUGAUUUGCUCGAAUGCUGAAUAUGAAAAAGUAUAAAACUGGAAUGUUUGUGAUGCUCAGAAAAUGAAUUAAUGGUUUCAAGGAUGCGUAUGCUGGGGGGGGGGGGGGGGCUGGUGGCCUUCACAUGACCUGCAGUUCCAACUGUGGCAAGAGAAAUCCCAGAUUGUUCAAGGGUCGACCUUUAGUCACUGCUGCGGUUUCCCACGUCUCUGGCACCAUGUUAGAGGAUGUUCAGAGGGGGAGAGCGGUUAGCCCGGUGGCCUCCCACUGAAAAGGUUUGAAUCCUGCUUCUCCCUGUGUGUGCUCCCAAACUCCAGACACAUGCAGAGUCAUUACGUUGACUGUGUGAAUGUGACAGAGACCUGGUUGUUGUUGACAGACUGUGAUUGUGAACUCCGCCUCUUGCCCAACGUCAGCUUUGAUUGGCUCCAGCUCCCACCUGCAACCCUCAUGAAGAUAAGCUGUAUAUAUAAUGGAAGGAAGAUAUUAUUUUAUUAUUAUAUAUAAAAAGUUGACUGUGUGAGUGAUUUUAGCGACAAUACGGCUCACCACUAACUUCCCAUCUGUGUUUUUUAAGUUAUCAAAAACCUCUAUCGUCAACUUUGAGGAUUUAUUUAAAAAUUAAUGUAGGGACGGUUAAGAAUUAGAUUAUUUUAUGUUUUCUGUGUUUCUAAAACUCCUGUAAAUGUCCGUAAAUGGUCUACUUGUUCAAUCAUCACUGGAUUUUCAGUUUUCACCAUCUAUCAUUAGUUUUUUCCACAAUGUUCUGUGAUCCUCCUGCAGUUUGUUUUUGUUUUUUAUAGAAUUCAGAGAAGUCCUGGGGGAGGAGCCUUUUGUGCUUGUACAGUAUUUAGUGUAUGUAAAGAUAGUAUAUAAAGUUUGUCUAUAUGUGAAUGUAGGAACAAAGCCAAGCAUGUCUGUUUGUUAUAUAUAUAUAUAUAUAUGUGCUUAGUCAUGACAUGUUCAAUUUGAAUUAUAAUGUCCGGACAAUCACUUUGACAUUAUGUCAGGAUGAGGAUGAGGAUGAGGAUGAGGAUAAUGAUGAGGAUGAGGAUGAGAAUGAGGAUCAGGAUAAUGAUGGCAGUGAUGAGUCCACCAGACAAUGACCAAUAUUCAGAAGCAGGUUAUUUGCACAUCUCAGACGGGAUUUAAACUUGUGCACACUGUCAGUUUUUUUUUCUUUCUGUUUUAUUCUGUAUUCUGUAAAAAGUUAACAAUGUUACAUUUAGCUGACGUAUCAGCUACUGUUUGGAUUGUCACAAAACCAAAGCAUCAAAUAAACCAUUUCAAAAGAA